AUGAGAGUCCUCGUCUGUCCUUCCGGAUUUAAGGGCUGUAUCAAUUCACAUACUGCAGCAGACUGCAUCGAAGAAGGCAUCCUGCGUGCUCUACCAAAAGCUACCAUCCGAAAGGUUCCACUGGCUGAUGGUGGCGAAGGUUUUGUUCGUGCCCUAGUGGAUGCCACCGGAGGCCAAAUUCGAAGAUUACCUGUCAUGGGUCCUAUUGGGAAUCCCAUUUCCUCUUACUAUGGAAUCCUCGGAGACGAGCCGAAAACCGCAGUUGUUGAGAUUGCCGCAGCCGCUGGGCUCAGUCUUGUACCCCCUGACCGUCGAAAUCCUUGCAUCACAACCACAUUUGGCGUCGGUCAACUCAUUUUGGCUGCGUUGGAGGAAGAUGUGCAGCGCAUUAUUGUCGGAUGUGGUGAUUCUGGGACAAGCGAUGGUGGUGCAGGUAUGCUUCAGGCCCUCGGGGCACGCCUGGUUGAUAUCAAUGGAAACGAGCUCCCGCAGGCGGGUGGAGGUGAGACUCUAGUCUCACUUGCGGAUAUUGAUUUCUCGGGCCUGGACUCGCGUUUAAAGAAAGUGCGCAUUGAAGCCGUUUGCAACUGGAAAAAUGUACUUGGCGGGCUAUAUGGUGUGGCCCAUAUCUAUGGGCCCCAGAAGGGUGCUACUCCCAAGGAAACAGAAAUAUUGGCAACAGCCCUGCAUAUGUACGCCUCUGUAGCCGAGAGAACGAUUGGAAAAAAGGUUUCCAAUGCCCCCGGUAGCGGUGCAUCGGGAGGCCUGGGGACAGGGCUCCUCCUCAUUGGGGGGAGCUACGUCCAAGAUAUGAAGCAAUCAUGCAAAGGGGCAAUCGACUACCAGACUCCGAGAGGGAAAAUCCCAGCCGAGGUCGCAACGAGGGCUACGAAACACGGGAAGCCAGUGAUUGUUCUGGCUGGGUCCAUAGGAGAGAAUGCAGAUGCAAACUACGAUGUUGGCAUCAAUGCAUACGCAUCUAUCUUGCAGCGACCAUCAACCUUGGACGAGGCCAUUGAGGAAGCAGAACGACUUUUGACGGAAAGUGCAGAGGGCACAAUGCGAAUUGUGAUGGUUGGAAGAAUGCUGAAUGGCAGCUUUGUGAAUACGACUAAAUAA